AACUAGAUUGUACUGGGGAGUGACGCAGGGACUACAGAUUCUCGAGUAAUUUCAUGUAAUUGUUGGAAAAAACGCAGAAUAAAUUUAGAGAAAUUGUUUUAUUCCUUCGAUCGUGUCAGCAUUCUCGUAUUGUUAUUCAUGUAACGGUCUGAGGCAGAGUACAGUGAGCCUGCUCUCUCAGAUUCUGCAUGUUGUUAUAUUGGGGUGUACUAUAUUAAUUUGAUGCCGUGUCGUUGCUAGAAAAAAGAUGCCGCAGCCGAAAUCCCGUAAGAUCGCCAUCCUGGGGUACAGAUCCGUGGGGAAGUCCUCAUUGACGAUUCAGUUUGUUGAAGGCCAGUUCGUUGACUCCUAUGAUCCCACCAUAGAAAACACAUUCACAAAAAUGAUCACAGUGAACGGCCAGGAGUACCACCUUCAGCUUGUAGAUACAGCUGGACAGGAUGAAUACUCCAUCUUCCCUCAGACUUACUCCAUUGACAUAAACGGGUACAUCCUGGUGUAUUCAGUCACGUCAAACAAAAGUUUUGAAGUAGUUAAAGUUAUCCACGAAAAAUUGUUGGAUAUGGUGGGAAAAGUUCAGGUGCCCAUUAUGUUGGUUGGAAAUAAGAAAGACCUUCAUAUGGAAAGGGUAAUCACUUGUGAAGAAGGGAAAGCUUUGGCAGAGUCCUGGAGCGCAGCCUUUAUGGAAUCAUCUGCUAAAGAGAAUCAGACGGCGGUGGAGGUUUUCAAGAGGAUCAUUCUGGAGGCAGAGAGGUUUGAGGGAGGAGCCCCACAGGGGAGGUCCUCGUGCUCGCUCAUGUAGAGCGUGCUCGACGCCACGGACACUGCGAUAGCCCUGUACUGGAACAGGCUUAAAAAGAAGCCUGGUUUCCUCCAGAUAAACUAGGCUUUCCUUCUUUUUUUCUAAAGAAUGUAGCAGAGAGAAAGAUCUAGUUGGUCAGAGCUUCACGUCCUAAGUGAUGUUUCUCUCUGCUCUGACCUGCUCUUCCACUUUCAGAAUUAUUAUUAUUAUUAUUAUUAUUAUUAUUAUUAUUAUUAUUAUUAUUAUUAUUAUUAUUAUUUUCAAUUUGUAUAUUGUAUUUCUUAUAUAAUUAUGUCCAAUAAAUUUUCCGACUUACAUUAAUUUCCUGUGUAGUGGA